UGUGAAUUGUGUUUGGGUUUGAUUGCGAUAGCGAAUUUUGAGAUUCAAAUUUCAGAAUUGAAGAUUCUAUGAGAAUAAUAUUUUAUAAACAGAUACUUGUGAGAAUUUCUAAAAUUCUACUGAAAUUAUAUUAUAUAAGUAUUUAAUAACAUUAAUAUUAUUCUUCUCUUAAUUUGUUGCGGCACAAUAUAAUCCGUUACAGAUUAUAGAGGGUGUGGUUGUUUAGUUCGCAUCAGGAUAAUAACUUUGGUUUUGUGUCAUCAGUUGCGGAGAAAUAUAUUUAAAAAUUCCAAAAAAUGCCCGUGUUGGAAUCCUGUUGGUCACCAUGCAUUUGGUCUUCAAAUACGAAAGUGGGCAGCAAAGCUGUUGCAUUGUAUACUGCAGCAAUGAGCAUGGUACUGAUAACUUUUAUUGCUUAUCAAAUGGAUGGAGGAGACUCAACUCAACUUUGGAAUCCAUUGUUCGAAGCAGAUGUUAGGGGUUCUCUACAGGUGUUUGGGAUUAUAUUCAUUAUAAUAUUUGGAGUCCUAAUUGUAUCAUCUGUCUUAAUGGUGAUUGGUGUUAAUAUAUGGAUGAGAGGGCUAAUGCUGCCGUGGAUGAUAACAAUGGGACUCAUUAUUGUGUUCCAAUUUGCUUUUGGUUUGUGGCUUAUUGGAGGAUAUUAUAUUUAUUUGGAUGCUACAUUUGCUGCAUUCCUUGAUUUUCUGUGGAUGUCAUAUAAUAUAUACUGCUGGCUGUGUGUGCUAUCUCAGUACCAGAUUAUAUUAGAAAUGCAGUCACCCAAUAUUGAAAUACUUGUCGACUACUAAGAAGAAUUACAACAAAUCCAUUGGGUACAAAUUAGAAUAUUAUACGUAAAUAUUGAUAGGAAUGUAAAUUAAGAGUUACUUCUCUCUUCUCAUUCUUCUACUUACAUCAACCCUUCAUAUUUUUAACCCGAAAAAUUUGCAGACCAAUGUCAUCUGUACUGAUCAUACAAAAAUUUACUAAAAAUUUACUGUGUAACCGUCUAUAGUUAUACUGGCUAUUGGCAUUGUGGUUGCAUCCACUAAAUAGAUUUCCUAUAAGACAUAUUCAUACUUCAUAAAGUAGAAUACUUACUAAAAGUAUGCCAAGGAUUUAAAAUAAAAUCCUGCAGUCGUUUAAGUUUGUGUAGUCCGAAAUAGGACGGGAAAGGCAUAAAACACCAUUUGAGUUGUAGUUUAUUUUAAUUACUUUCUGGCCCAACACAUUUUUAUACUGCGCCAUAUCUAUAUAUAGUCUCUGGUUAAGGACCUAUGUCUGUCAGUAGAAAUAAAAUGAAAGUAUUCGGGAAUAAUAUAGUCUAAAGCCAUCAGUAAUGGGUAAUCAAAGUUAUUGAGUUCAAAAUGAAACAAAAACGUAUGUCUGAAUGAUUUUAUAAUAUUAUUGAGUAAUAAAAUGAUAUGGAUUAGGUAAUAUCGUAUUUGUGUACAGCUUUUACAUUGCGGAUUUAUAAAUGCCAAUUUUUUUUUAAGUAUUAAAAUGUGUAUUGUAGGAUCCUUAGGAGAUAGAUAUAUGGCAUCAGGGAGUUUUCUGUAGACCUAUAUAAGAUAUACAAUUCCACCAUACAUUAUUUUGUUAUAUCUCAAAGGGCUUAGACCAAAUUCAAUUCAAGACCCAAAUUAGCCCAAUCGGUCCAGCCGUUCUCGAGUUUUAGCGAAACUAACGAACAGCAAUUCAUUUAUAUAUAUAGAUAAUGCUAGAACUUUAACGGCCGUUCCCAGUAUUCAGUCUAUCUCUUAAUUGAGAUAAAAAUCUUAAGUAUCAUUGAAUUUUCUGUCCCAAUUAACUUAUCGACGGUAACUUACCUUAUCCGUGCACGAUGUCUGUCAAUGGGACGACGUAUAGCUUACCAGCGAUAUAAAGUUGCAAUUCACGCGUCCUAAUAUAAGGCGAUAAGACUGACUUAUCGUGUAUAUUGGGACAGCUUCAGAUUAUUGACAGAUAAUUACUGACAGUAGAAGGUGGUAAUUUAUCUCUAUCUGUAGAUAAUAUAUUGGGAAUGGCCGUAAGUUAAUAAUAUAACAGAAUUAGUUUACAAUCCAUUUAUACUGACAUACGGAUUCAACCACCGACGUACAUACGACUCAAUGUGCCGUAUUCGCCUUAGAGGUAAAAGUUUGGGGAUGUAUAAUUGCUUGGAAUCUCGCUAUUUCGUGUCCACAGAAAACGGAGAAAACUCCUAGUGGGCAUGACGUCUUAAUCUCAACUGGUCUCAAUAUUUUUUAAACUGCAACUCUUGUAACAAAAUAUUUACUUGAAUCUCACAUUUUUUUUUCGUGUCACCUAAAUAUUUUUUAAAUACAUUUGUUCGAAAAUGAGACUUUUCCAUAUGUGUUGAAGUAGAACGAAAGUUGUUCAUUUCAGUAUCUACUGGUAAUGGAAAUCCAUGAAGAUAGUUUUUGAUCAAAAAGUUUUCUGUGCAUUCCUUUGCACAAUAUGCUGGCUAGAUUAUGGGUAUCACCACGGCACCUAUUUCUGCCGUGAAGCAGUAAUGUGUAAGCAUUAUUGUGUUUCGUUCUGAAGGGAGCCGUAGCUAGCGAAAUUACUGGGCAAAUGAGACUCGACAUCAUAUCACUUAUGUCUCAAGGUGACGAGCGCAAUUGUGUUGCCACUCAGAAUCUUUUUGUCUUUUUCAAGAAUCCAUAGCGGCACUGUAUUGUAAUGGGCAGGGCGUACCUAUAAAUGACCAUCACGUGAACUUCCUGCUCGUCUCGUCCCUUAUUGUCAUAAAAAAAAACUAUUUUACAGCGUGAAUAAUUAAUACAUGAAUUAUUUUUUUUUUUAAAUAAUAUUAACUCAAGUAUUUUUAUUCAAAAUAGGAUUCAAAAUCACUUAUUGAAAGUCAAUAACUACCACCCAUUCAAAAUAGACUGCCUCAGACCUGAGAAGAACAUAACUAAAAAAAAAUUAUUACGUAGGUAAUAAAAGUAUUUUGUAUUUAGAUAAAUUAUUGUUUUUAAUUUGGCUGAAGGCAUAGACACCGCUGCACUGCCAAAUCGUCUAAAAAUAUUAGAUUUAUUAGUGAUUGUGAUGAAUAUAUUUUUUCACAAAUGUAUUAAAAAAAAUUGUUCGACACACGUAAGGAAUUUUCAUUUUCAUUUCAAGUUUCUGCACUUGUUUCGAAAUGUACUAAUUAAUAUUUAAUUAUGAUAUCAUAUAGAUGUUUAAUUAGUUUUAGAAUAGUUUAUAACAUAUGCCAAUUUUGUAAUAAAAACUUUUCUUUUUAAAUUUCAUAGUAUAAAUUUUAAUGAUACCACAGUUCCAAAGUGUAAGUAUGAGUGAGAUAACUAAUAACCCACCAUUACCAAAGAGAAAGAAGUAAAUGCAGUUUAGUUGUCAAGAUAGAAUCUCUUGCUGUUUAACAACCGGUAAAAACAAGCCAGGAAUAUUACUUUAAUGUGCGUGACAAGCUACGUCUUACACUCGCGAUAUGUAUGUCACUGUGUUGUGUGUUAGUGUUUUUUUGACGUUCUCACAGCUGUCAUAGUCUAUCUAGAUGUAUAAAUGAUCUAUGCUUCCAAUAUUUCUUCAUAAGUCUAGAAUAAUUUCGUUUCAAACAGUGACGACUCGAGUUGUUUUCUUUUGGAACCCCUUUCUGAAUUGUUAUUCUUUGGAACUGUUGUAUCAAUAUUAAUGAACCAUAAACGGCUUUGUAUGCCAUAUAAAGUGAGUGUUGACGCUCCAUGCAAUAUCACUAUAGAUACAUGCAUGUCUUUAUAAUAUACCUUUCGAUUAUUUGAAUAUGCAUUACUUACCCGGUUACAUCAUCUCUGGACUUGACUUCGGUGAUGUCACAUCGUCACUUUGUUACCGUGUGCAAAACUAUGAUAUUAUUCAACCUGAGAGUUGAACAAAUCAUACCAGAUUUUAUGACGAUACUUCACUCGAACGGUUGCUCAGUUGGAAGAGCACUGGCACUGGUCGUGGGUUUUUUAAUUUUAUUUAUGUACUAGCUGACCCGGCAAACAUUAUUUUGCCAUAUAAAUUAUUUUUAGAGUUAGACCGUCUCUUGGACAUUGUAACAUUACUUUAUUUUUUCAAAAUAAACGUAGCCUAAGUUACUCCUUAUAAUAUCAGCUACCUGCCAAUUAAAACUGGCACAGAACAACAGACCUAUUAACAACAAAAGUCAAAAAGUAACAAUGAAAAGUUCGAAAACAAAACAGUGAUAGCACGACAUGUACCUAACGGUAAUGUAACUGCAAACCGUACGAGCGAGAGGGGGUGUAAGGGGAACAGGCUGGGUCCAUGGAGGUCCAGAGACAAUGUGACCAUGUUGUAAUUGUGAAUAAUAAUGUUUAGUUUAAGUUUAAUCCGUCCAGUGUUGACUGAUUUAUGUUAUGAUAUCUAUUUCUUUCUUUUAUUGUAAUUAAAAUGUAUUGUACACUAUAUAAAAUUUACAAUAAAAAAUUUUUGAAAAA